UUCUUCCUUUUUUGUUCUUAGUGCAGAAAAAGAACACAAGUGACUGUAGUUCUUACUCUUUUCUAACGACAGAGGGAAACAUAUAUCCCAUCCUCAAAUAAUGAGACAGAGGCACAAUAGCAACAAAGAUGCAGAUAAACAGAAAUCCGAAGCUCUAACUUCAUCAAAAUCAGGUUCAGAGCACUCGCCAUUCUGUUGUUCACACAAACGAAUCUUCCUUCUCUGCUUGGCGUUCCGAAUGGUGAAUUCCGUUUUGGUGCAGACUUAUUUCAACCCCGACGAACACUGGCAGGGCCCCGAGGUCGCGCACCGCGUCGCCUUUGGGUACGGUCACCUAACGUGGGAAUGGAAACAGGGUAUCCGAAGCUACUUGCAUCCCUUGUUCUUCGUUCCGCUCUAUAGGCUCCUCGCUUUAUUGCAUCUUGAUACCCCUUGGCUUAUGAUGAGGGCUCCACGUCUUCUUCAGUCUGUGUUCUCUGCAAUUGGUGAUUUAUACUUGUACAAGCUCUCGGAGGUUCUUUUCGGUGAUUCUGUUGCAAAAUGGACACUCUUUUCGCAGUUGUUCAAUUGGUUUAUGUUUUAUUGUUUUUCUCGAACGCUAUCGAAUAGCUUGGAGACUGUUCUUACACUUGUGUCUCUUUACUUUUGGCCCUGCAUGAGAUCUUCCAGCAACUAUUCCUUUGUUUCAAGGAAGUGGGGUUUAGUUAUGGCAGCAGUGGCUUGUGCUAUCCGACCAACAAGUGCAAUUACAUGGUUGUAUGUCGGUCUGCUUGAGCUUUUAAAGGCACGUGACAGAUUCAAAUUCAUUUUUUUGGAGGUGGCUCCUAUUGGGAUCCUGGUGCUUGGACUUACCUGCUUAUUAGACCGUUUCAUGUACGGCACAUGGGUUCUAGUACCACUUAAUUUUCUAAAAUUCAAUUUUCUCUCCUCGGGUGGAGACUAUUAUGGAACUCACAAGUGGCACUGGUACUUCACUCAGGGAUUUACAGUUAUGGUCCUCUCUUACUUACCAUUUUGUAUAGCUGGUAUAAUUUAUUCCAAACAAUGGAAGUUUUCUGGCCUUCUUGCAUGGGUUUUAGGUUUCUACAGUUUAUUAGGUCACAAAGAAUUCAGGUUUGUUUUGCCAGUUCUUCCUAUAGCUCUGAUGUUCUCUGGUUACUCUUUAGCUGCAAUAGAAGAUCCUGGUUCUGCAAGAUAUAAAGGAAAAGAAUCUUCAAAAUCGCAUACCAGAUGCCCGGGCAAGAUGAAAAUUGCUAUCUUAUUUUUGCUUGCUACCAAUAUUCCAAUGGCUUUGUAUAUGAGUUUGGUUCAUCAGAGAGGACCUGAGGAUGUCAUGAACCAUCUUGCUAGAGAAGCUCUUCAUGGUAAAGUGAGAAGCAUCCUAUUCCUAACGCCUUGCCAUGCGACUCCAUACUAUUCCAUGUUACAUCAUGACCUGCCAAUGCAAUUUCUGGACUGCACACCAAGUGAAGAGAAAGGGGUCCCCGAUGACUCGGACCGUUUCUUGAUGGACCCUGUUUCUUUUGUGUCUGAAUAUGCUAAAAACGUGUCUAUGGCCAGCCACAUAGUUUUAUUUGAUUCAGAAGAACAAAAGUUGAAGAACCUUUUAAUUUCAUUUGAUUAUAUGGAGGGAAGAAGAUUUUUUAACGCUCACUUCAAGGUAGAUCGUGAUCUUCAAGCUUCAGUUGUUGUCUACGUUCGAAGAAGAUAGAAUAUUGAUCUGAUCUCCAGCAAAUUUGGCUUUGUCACAGUUUAAUUUAUCAUUUCACGUGCUGCAAUCCAAAUUUUGACUCCGGUAAUUUGGUCCCUCGAAUGAUGAAUUCAUGUUGUCCGUUAAUUUACUGCUUACCAGGAAAUUUCAAGUAGAAAUCUUGUAAAUACUCUUUCAAUAUAAUCAUCAAGGGAAGCUAUUCCAUGCCA